GACACACAAACUCUAGUAGAAUGCAUCGCAUAGAACACAUUAACUUCUAUAAAGGGAUGAAGUAGCUGAAUAGCCCCAGGAUAAGGAUUAAUUAGAAGGAUAUAUAGUGUGUGGAAUAUAGAGCAAAUAGAAAACAAUGGAAGAAGAUAAAAGAGUUCCGAUCGACAGAGGCUGGGCAUGGGUGAUUCUUGUUGCAAACUUCAUUGUCGUGUUCCUGGUCAUUGGCUGUACCUCCUCCUUUGGGCUUUUCUUUGCUGAGUUUAUGAGUGAAUAUAAGGCGUCCGCCUCCAGCAUCACCGUGGCAUUGUCGGUACAGACUGUCAUAUUCAGUUUCUCUUCUCUCUUCGCACUGAACUUUGGAACUGGUCUUGCAUCCAGUCGGACUUAUAUCAUACUUGGAGGUCUGUUUGGUUGCUCAGCAUAUGUCAUCAGUGCCAUAAUAAAAGACAUGUCCUAUCUAAUACUGUCUCAUGGCGUAAUAUUUGGUAUCGCUUAUGGAUUUUCCUACGGGCCAGCACUAGUAGUUCUAAGCAGAUACUUUAACAAGAAACGAGGAAUGGCAGCCACCUUAGGAAAUAUGGGAGCCAGCUUUGGAAGUUUGAUAUUCCCUCCCGUCAUAAGAAUUCUUCUUGAUAACUACGGUCUUAAAGGUGCCCUUGUCAUCAUUGGAGGCCUCCUUCUGAAUCUUUGUGUAGCGGGAGCUUUAAUGAGACCAGUGGCAUUCUAUAAAGAGCGGAUAAGUGGCAAUAAAGUAAAUUCAAAAGACAUUCUUUCCAACCAAAAAGUUUGGACAACUAACAAUUAUGGUAAACAUGAUAGGAAUCAUACACCAAAUUUUGGAAAUCAUACCAUUAAAGAAAAUUGUACGCAUAACAAGCUGACCCAAGAAAAUUGCAACAAGGGAAAGAUGUCAAUUUUAAAAAUAAUUGUUCUUGAUACGAAAAAUAAGAGCAAAAUAAAAAAUAUAUGCAACAUAUGGAUAAACUUUGAAGUUUUGCAAAAUGUUUUAUUCAGAAUGUGGAUUCCCGUAUGUUUUCUAGCAAUAAUCGGAUGUGUUCAGAUAGUGGUUUUUAUACCUCCACACGCUAAAGAUCUUCAAAUAGCAGAUAGUAAAAUUACUCUCCUGGUGAUCAUGAUAGGAGCUUCAAACUUGUUGUCUAAGAUUUUUGUAGCUUUUCUUAUCCAUCGAAAUUGUAUGUCAAAAACUCACAUGAUGGCUGUUUCUUUGAUAAUAACCGGGGCAUCUUGUAUGCUCAUUUCAUUGUAUACGAACUUCUUGACAAUGUCUUUCCUAUCCGUAACAUUUGGAGUUUUCGGAAGUGUGUAUUUUGGUUUAUUUCCUGCUGUAAUUGCAGAAUUUGUAGGAUUAGACAAUCUUUCCAGUGCAAUGGCUAUAAAUAUGAUGAUGCAAGGACUAGGACUAUCUAUUUCCAACCCAAUAUUAGGAUAUCUAAGAGACACAUCGGGAUCUUUCUAUGCUUCCUUCUAUGUCAUGGGAUCAACUCUUAUUAUUAGUGGAGUAAUACUGUUCUUGGAACCGCUGUGUAGAAAGUUAGAAAAAAGAAGAACUGAUUCCAAAAACAUAGAACAAGGAGUUGUGAUAACACCAUAAUGAUGAGAGAGAGAGAGAGAGAGAGAGAGAGAGAGAGCAUUCCAAUCCGGUCUUUUAAUAAAAUGUAUAUCCUGAAUAAUUUUUUUUUGAGCAACAACACAAGAAUAUCAACAAUUGAAAUAAUAACUUUAAAAAAAAAAAAAAAAAAAUCAGAUACGAAUGUGCUAUAAUUUAGUUGACAAAG